AUGAAGCUACAAACCUCAUAUUCCUCUACCGUUUUCUUCUUACCGGUUGCAGCUUCUGCCAUUCAACCCUUCUCUUGCAAUACAACGCAAGUGAUACAUAGAGAUGUAACCAUCAUUGGCGGCGGCGCCUCAGGAACCUAUGCUGCGAUCCAGCUCCACGAUCUCGGCAAGUCCGUCGCCCUCAUCGACCGCAAGCCCAUCCUUGGAGGCCACACAAACACCUACGUCGAUCCGACGACCAACCAGACAAUCGACUAUGGAGUCCACCAAUGGAACGACCUCGACGUCGUAACCGAGUUCUUCGAGCGUCUCAAUGUCCCUUAUACCAAAGCCUUCGUCCCCUCACCCGGCGAUAUCAUCAAUUUCGAUUUCAAGAGAGGAAAGCUUUUCAACCAAUCCAUAGUCGAAGCCUCUGUCGACGCCUACAGCGACGUGGUUGCUAAAUACGACUACCUACAGUAUGGCACCGAGCUCCCUAAUCCCGUCCCCCAGGAUAUAUAUCGCCCAUUCGGAAAUAUCGUCAAGAAAUAUGGCCUGGAAGGCUUUGUCAAUAAUCUCUGGACCGGACAGGGUGAUAUCCUGACAAUGCCCGCACUAUACAUCUUCAAAGAUGUCGGAACACCCGUUGUGGAAAGUAUGCGGACGAACUUCAUAUACACCGCAAACCAUAACAACUACGAGAUCUUCGCAAAAGCUCUAGAGGUCCUCGACCAGGACAACGUUUUCCUCUCAACGACCGUAUCCCACAUGCAGCGUGACGCCGAAAGCGUCAGCAUAUGCGUGGAGUCCCCGACAGGCCGGAAACUCAUCCGCUCGAAAAAAUUGCUCAACACCAUCCCCCCAAUACUGGAUCACUUACACGGGUAUGACCUAUCCGAGGAGGAAAAGUCUGUGUUUAGGCAGUUUCGUGCCGUCGGAUACUAUGUGUCGCUCGUGCGCAUUCCGGGUCUCCCCGCCUCGAGCUUUAUGUAUAAGAAUAUCGCGUCGGACACGAUCUACGGCCAGCCGAGACUGCCUGCUCUCUACCGGAUUACGCGUACUGAAGCUCCGGAGCUGUAUAUUGUAGAGUAUGGAUCGCUGACUCCCCUGACAGACCAGGCGGUUCAGGAUGGCAUUUUGCGGUCGAUCGAUAUACUGCGCCAGCAGGUUGGGGGUAGGUUGGAUCUGGAGACCAAGAUCGUGGCUUACGAUAGUCAUACGCCGUAUCAUGUGCAUGUUGCGUCGGAGGCCAUCCGGGAUGGAUUUUAUAAGAGUUUGUAUGCGCUUCAGGGGCGCAGGAAUACGUUCUACUCCGGGGCUGCGUUCCAUGCGCAUGAUUCGGCGUUGCUGUGGAGAUUUACCAAGGGAAUUGUUGAGGGUCUGAUUAAGGAGCUGGAGUGA